AUGUCCCUCUUAGCACUUCGCACCGCCGUUAGACGAGCGCCUCGGUCACUAGCCCCGCUUUCUGCCAAUUUACACACCACUACUUCAGUUCUUCUGCCAAAAGACAACAAGGUUACUCCCGGAGGUGUGACCGGAGACAGUGAUCCUGAAACUGAUCCUAAGAAAGGCGGAGAAGGUUUCUUUGGUUCAUUAUUAUACGGCUCAAAAGAAGCUAAAGCAGCAGGAUUGAUUGAACCAUCCAAAAGUCAACAUUCCAAAAUAGUAGGAAGAGGUAAAUAUGUCCAUGAGAAGAUAACUCAUGCUGUCAUACCUUCCAAACGCGAUGAAUAUCUAGUCGCGGCAGAGAAAUACUUCAAAGAACUGAUUGAUCAUAAUGGUGAAUUUGGGAGAGUUAAACUGACUGGAAGUUGGGAAAGUAUCGUCGGGAAUGUCGGAGAAUUCACUCAUAUACUUGAAUAUGAAGGUUACAAAGGAUAUGAUGAGACCAACAAGGCUUUGAGAACAAGCAAAGACAUGCAAUCCCUCCAAUCUGCCAUACUCCCGUUAAUCACUUCACGACAAUCUCAAAUCGUGUCAGAAUUCAGCUUCUGGCCGUCGUCUCCUCCUCACGAUAGCGGUUUCCCAGAUGGAGGUAUAUUCGAAAUGAGAACCUACCAAUUGAUGCCUGGCAAACUGUUGGAUUGGGAGUAUGCUUGGAGAAGAGGAUUAGAAGCCAGGAAGAGGUUUGUCCAACCGGUAGGAGCAUUCUUUUCACAAAUAGGUCAACUUCAUGAAGUACACCAUAUCUGGCAGUAUCCUGAUAUGGAAACUCGUAAACAUACCAGAGAACAAGCUUGGAGCGUUGGUAGCUGGAGUGACACUGUUCAAGAGACCGUCAAACUUGCUCAGUCCAUGAAGUCAACACUGAUGAUCCCUUGUCCCUGGAGUCCAUUACGAUGA